AGAAAAUUAAUGUUUAGCAGCGCAUAAACAAGUCGUAGGUGGAUGACAUGGUCUGUGAGCUAACCAAGCACCAUCUAGCAGAUAAAAUACCGCCACGUGACCCAUCUUACCAUUCCUCCUCUACUUCCCCUAUAUAUAAUCGCCCCCCCUCCCCCUCCAUUUCCUGUAAUAAUCCACUUCAUUAACAUUCCCCUCUCCUUUUCUUCAAAUCGAGGCCAGAACAUAAAAAGAAACAGGAGUUGCAAAGUCCAAUUCUGGUUAGUUAGAUCCCACUUUUUAACUAGGAGUACAGUCUAAACAAAAUACUCCUGGCCAGUUUGAGUUUUGUACAAUAUGGCGACAGGACAACUCUUCUCUCGAACAACACAAGCUCUGUUUUACAAUUAUAAGCAGCUGCCUAUUCAACGCAUGCUUGAUUUUGAUUUUCUUUGUGGGAGGGAAUUACCGUCUGUAGCUGGAAUCAUUAACCCUGGUGCUGAGGGAUUUCAGAAACUCUUUUUCGGUCAAGAGGAAAUAGCAAUCCCUGUGCAUUCGACUAUUGAGGCAGCUUGUGCUGCUCAUCCAACUGCUGAUGUGUUUAUCAACUUCGCAUCAUUCAGAAGUGCGGCUGCUUCAUCCAUGUCUGCUCUGAAGCAGCCAACCGUUCGAGUUGUGGCUAUUAUAGCUGAGGGUGUUCCUGAGGCAGACGCCAAACAAUUGAUUGCAUAUGCUCGGGCUAACAAUAAGGUUGUCAUUGGUCCAGCUACUGUUGGAGGCAUUCAAGCUGGAGCAUUCAAGAUAGGCGAUACUGCUGGAACAAUCGAUAACAUAAUUGCUUGCAAGCUGUACCGGCCUGGAUCUGUUGGAUUUGUCUCCAAAUCAGGUGGUAUGUCUAAUGAACUAUACAAUAGCAUUGCCCGUGUAACCGAUGGAAUUUAUGAAGGUAUUGCAAUCGGAGGGGAUGUGUUCCCAGGAUCUACUCUUUCUGAUCAUGUCCUGAGGUUUAACAACAUCCCACAGGUUAAAAUGAUAGUUGUACUUGGGGAACUUGGUGGAAGAGACGAGUAUUCUCUUGUUGAAGCCCUAAAACAGGGAAAGGUAAGCAAACCAGUGGUUGCUUGGGUCAGUGGAACUUGCGCGCGACUCUUUAAGUCAGAAGUGCAAUUUGGUCAUGCUGGUGCUAAAAGUGGUGGUGAGAUGGAGUCUGCUCAAGCAAAAAAUCAAGCACUGAAAGAUGCUGGAGCUGUUGUUCCCACUUCAUAUGAAGCUUUUGAGACUGCAAUUAAGGAAACAUUUGAGAAACUGGUUGAAGAGGGGAAGAUAUCAUCUGUUAAGGAGUUUACGCCUCCACAAAUCCCAGAAGAUCUUAACAUUGCAAUCAAGAGUGGAAAAGUUCGGGCACCAACUCAUAUUAUUUCUACCAUCUCUGAUGACAGAGGUGAGGAACCAUGCUAUGCUGGCGUGCCAAUGUCUUCCAUUGUUGAACAGGGUUAUGGCGUGGGUGAUGUCAUCUCUCUUUUAUGGUUCAAGCGCAGCCUUCCACGUUACUGUACCCAUUUUAUUGAGAUAUGCAUCAUGUUGUGUGCUGACCAUGGUCCCUGUGUCUCUGGUGCUCACAACACUAUAGUAACUGCAAGGGCAGGAAAGGACCUAGUUUCCAGCCUUGUCUCAGGUUUGCUCACAAUUGGUCCCCGAUUUGGUGGUGCCAUUGAUGAUGCUGCUCGGUACUUUAAGGAUGCAUAUGACAGGGGUCUAACACCCUAUGAGUUUGUUGAAAGCAUGAAAAAGAAGGGAAUACGAGUUCCUGGUAUUGGGCACAGGAUCAAGAGAGGGGACAACAGGGAUAAAAGAGUGGAGCUUCUACAGCUGUUCGCUCGCACGCAUUUCCCUUCUGUGAAGUAUAUGGAGUAUGCUGUUCAAGUUGAAACUUACACUCUCUCAAAGGCCAAUAACUUGGUCCUUAACGUCGAUGGCGCGAUUGGGUCCCUUUUCUUGGAUCUCCUUGCAGGCAGUGGAAUGUUUACUAAACAAGAGAUUGAUGAGAUUGUUGGGAUUGGUUAUUUGAAUGGGCUCUUUGUGUUGGCGCGUUCCAUUGGUUUGAUUGGGCACACCUUUGACCAGAAGAGAUUGAAACAGCCUCUAUACCGUCACCCAUGGGAGGAUGUUCUCUACUCCAAGUGAGAGAAUAACAGGUAGCAGGUGCAGCUCUCACGUGCUCUACACAAGCCUUUUGUUUUUCAAAUUUCUUGAGUCUCUGCUGAAAUGUCUGUUCAGUUGUUAGAUUAGUGUUGAGCUGCGGCGAGGUCAAGCGUUCCAUUGUGUUUGGAAGUUAUAAGUAGCCUUUUAUCAUUUAUUAAACAGAUGUUGCUAUAAGAUGCUAGUUUCAGAUUUCAAGAAGGAAUAACUAUGUUGCUGUGAUGUAUGGGUAAAGAACAUUAACCAUCACCCAAAUGUAAGAGAAUUUGUCCUUUCUUGGUAUUCCCUUUGGAUUUUUGGUCACAUUCUCCUGUUGUGGAUGCUAAUAAAGUAAAUGAAAUAAGGUUUUUUUUUUUUUU